CGCGAAAUGACAAAGUCCACCAAUGGCCUGUUGGCAUUUUCAAGAGCCAAGAUUUUGCAUUUGCCGAAACCACGCAUCUGUCUACCUGCCUCGGGAUCUUUCUCGCCAUCAAUUAAUUUUGGGUAGCCUUCUUCUAUGCAAUUGAGAAAGCAACCCUACGAUACGAGAGAAAGCAAGAGGAAACUAAAAUUCAAAGAGACCACCCUGGAAAAAAUAAAAUAAAAGCUUUGCCAUAAUCUCCUCUUGAGCCACCUGGAAAGCCUCAAACUUCUCUCAGCUUUCUCUCUUUCUGUUGUCUCUAUUUCAAGUCUAGUCAAUCGAGUCAAGUCAAUCAAUCAAAUACAGCCAAUUUGAUUGAUUUCUAUUGCAUUGCAGUGAACUGAAUUGAAAAAGAAAAGAAAACCAAGAAAAACUACUUGAUUGCAUCACGCACAUCAUCAUGAGUACGAGCAUGCUUCGCCCCAUUUUCUCGGUUGCCGGUCGCAACGGUAGCCAAACAACUCGCCGCGCUGGACUUUCCGCUUCUCGCUCGUUUGCCACUCAGAGUGGAGAUGACGCUGCGCCUCCCACGGCGUUGGCCAAGCUUCACUUGGAAGAUGGAACCACUUUGACGGCAAAGUCUUUUGGUUGUCAUGAAUCUGUGGAGGGUGAGGUCGUCUUUGCCACUGGAAUGGUGGGAUACCCCGAAAACUUGACCGAUCCUUCCUACCAGGGACAGAUUUUGACCGUCACCACUCCCAUGGUCGGAAACUACGGUGUCCCCAGUCGCACGGAAAUGGACGAGUUUGGGUUGCCUGCCAAUUUUGAGUCGCACAAAAUUCAUGCCACCGGUAUCCUCGUCCAGGAUUACUCCCAUCAUUACAGUCAUUGGAAGGCCACCUCCAGUUUGGGAGAUUGGCUCAAGGAAGAAGGUGUUCCCGGUCUUUGUGAAGUCGAUACCCGUAUGUUGACCAAGAAAAUCCGUGAAAAGGGUGCCAUGUUGGGACGCAUUGAAGUCGACCUCAAUGCCCCUCCCCCGGAUUUCUCCAAAAUGCAAGAUCCCAAUGCCCGUCAUCUUGUGGGAGAAGUCUCCCUCAAGGAACCCAAAGUGUACGGAAAAGGAAACAAGCACAAGGUCAUUGCCGUCGAUAUGGGAAUGAAGUACAAUAUCAUUCGUCAAUUGGUGCGCAGAGAUGUUGAAUUGACCGUCGUGCCAUGGGAUUACCCAUUCGCCGCCGAAAUGCACAAGUACGAUGGACUCUUUUUGUCCAAUGGACCCGGAGACCCGAAUAUGUGCACGGCAACCGUCGAAGAACUCAAAAAGGUCGUUUCCUGCCCUGACGAAGAAGUCAAGCCCAUUUACGGUAUUUGUAUGGGAAAUCAAUUGAUUGGAUUGGCCGCUGGAGGUACCGCCGAAAAAUUGCCAUUUGGAAACCGUGGACAGAAUCAGCCAGUGCUCAACCACCAAACCGGAGAGUGCUACAUUACUCCUCAGAACCACGGAUUCCACAUCAACACGGAAACCAUGAGGGACGAGUGGAAGACUCUCUUUACCAACGCCAACGAUGGAAGUAACGAGGGUAUUGCCCAUCAGACUCGUCCGUAUUUCACUGCGCAGUUCCACCCCGAAGCCAACUCCGGGCCCACCGAUACCGAGUUCAUGUUUGAUGUAUUCCUCGAGGCAUGCGGAAAACCCCUCGACAAAAUCAUCUUUCCUACACGAAAGCCCGCUCCACCAAAGCCCAAUGUCAAGAAGGUGCUCAUGUUGGGAUCCGGUGGUACUUCUAUUGGACAGGCCGGAGAGUUUGAUUACUCGGGAGGUCAAGCCAUCAAGGCUCUCAAGGAGGAAGGCAUGGAGGUUGUCUUGAUGAACCCCAACAUUGCUUCGGUCCAAACCAACAUGGACAACAAGUCCGCCGCCAAGGCCGACCACGUCUUCUUCUUGCCCGUCACUCCUGAUUUCGUCGAAGAGGUCAUCAAGAAGGAAAAGCCCGAUGGUAUCGUCAUCAGUAUGGGAGGGCAGACUGCACUGAACUGCGCCGUCGAAAUGUUCGAAAACGGAAUCUUUGAAAAGUACGGAGUCGAAGUCUUGGGAACCCCCGUGCCUGUUGUCAUUGAUACCGAGGAUCGUCAGCUGUUCAGUGACAGGCUCAAUGAGAUCAACGAAAAGAUUGCCGAGUCCUACACUGCCGUCACUGUCGAUGAGGCUAUCGGACACGCCAAGAAGAUUGGAUACCCUCUCAUGAUCCGUUCUGCCUUUGCAUUGGGAGGUUUGGGAAGUGGUAUCUGCCACGACGAGGACCACUUGAGGGAUAUGGCAAACAAGGCCCUCAGUACCUCUCCCCAAAUCUUGGUCGAGAGGAGUAUGAAGGGAUGGAAGGAAGUCGAGUACGAGGUUGUCCGUGAUACCAUGGACAACUGUGUCACCGUCUGUAACAUGGAGAACUUUGAUCCUCUUGGAAUCCACACUGGAGACAGUAUCGUCAUGGCUCCUUCUCAAACUUUGAGCAACGAAGAAUACCACAUGCUCCGUGAGACUGCUCUCAGGGUUGUCCGCCAUCUUGGAAUUGUUGGAGAGUGUAACAUUCAGUACGCCCUUCACCCAGAGUCGCUCGAGUACUGCAUCAUCGAGGUCAACCCCCGUCUCUCUCGUUCGUCCGCCCUCGCCUCCAAGGCCACUGGUUAUCCUUUGGCCUUUGUCGCCGCCAAGUUGUGCUUGGGAAUUCCUUUGACUGAAGUCAUCAACUCCGUCACCAAGAAGACCCAAGCGUGCUUCGAGCCCAGUUUGGAUUACGUCGUCACCAAGAUCCCCCGUUGGGACAUGUCCAAGUUCGAAGGUGUCUCCACGGAGAUUGGAUCUGCCAUGAAGAGUGUUGGUGAGGUCAUGAGUAUUGGACGUACCAUCGAAGAGACUCUCCAAAAGGCCAUGCGUAUGGUGGACCCCGCCGUUCCUGGAUUCGAGCCGAAGCACGUCUACGAAACCAUGGAGGACUUGAAGAAGGAACUUGCCAUUCCUACCGACAAGCGUCUCUUUGCCAUUGCCCAGGCUCUCCACGAGAAGACCCUGAGCGUCUCUGAUAUCCAUGAAAUUACCAAGAUUGACCACUGGUUCUUGCGCCGAUUGGAAAACAUUGUCAAAACAUGGAACAAGAUGGAGUUGGUCACUUUGGAUGAGAUGUCCAGCGACCUCAUGCUCGAAGCCAAGAAGAACGGAUACUCUGAUAUUCAGAUCUCCCACGCAGUCAAGGGAGGAUCCGAUGAAGACACUGUCCGCCAGAAGCGUAUCGGCAUGGGCAUUGAGCCUCACACCAAGCAAAUCGAUACUCUUGCCGCCGAGUACCCCGCCGAUACCAACUACCUGUACAUGACCUACCACGGUUCCGAGAGUGAUGUUGACUCUGCCGAUGGUGGUGUGAUUGUUUUGGGAAGUGGUGCCUACCGUAUUGGUUCUUCCAUCGAGUUUGAUUGGUGUGGAGUCAGUGCCAUCCGAUCCCUCCGUCAAAUGGGAUACAAGUCGACCAUGAUCAACUACAACCCCGAGACUGUGUCUACUGAUUACGAUGAAUGCGACCGUCUCUACUUUGAGGAGCUCAGCCGCGAACGCGUCCUUGAUAUCUACAACCGUGACAAGUCCGACGGUGUUGUUGUCAGUGUUGGAGGACAGAUCCCCAACGGUCUUGCUUUGCCUUUGGACGCAGCUGGUGUCAAGCUUCUUGGAACUCCCGCUGCCAUGAUUGACAAUGCCGAGGAUCGAUUCAAGUUCUCUGAUACCAUGGAUGAGAUUGGAGUCCAACAACCUCGCUGGCGUGAACUCUCCAGUGUCGACAAUGCCUUGGACUUUGCCAAGGAUGUCGGAUACCCUGUUCUUGUCCGUCCUUCCUACGUCCUGAGUGGAGCUGCCAUGAACGUGGCUUGGAGCGACGAACAGCUCCGCGCUUGCUUGACCGAAGCCGCUGAGGUUUCCGCCGACAAGCCAGUUGUCAUUUCUGAUUUCAUUGAAGGUGCUGUGGAGAUUGAAUUCGAUGGUGUCGGCAAGAACGGAGAGAUUAUUGCUGCUGCCAUUCACGAGCACAUUGAGAAUGCCGGUGUCCACUCUGGUGAUGCUACUUUGGUCUUGCCCGCCCAAGACUUGAGUGCCUACCAAAAGUUCCGCGUCCGUGAUGCUGCCAAGAAGAUUGUCAAGCGCUUGAACAUUACCGGCCCCGUCAACAUUCAGUUUGUUGCCAAGGGAACUGAUGUCAUGUGCAUUGAGUGCAACGUGCGUGCCUCUCGUUCAUUCCCCUUUGUCUCCAAGACUAUGGGAGUUGACUACAUUGAAGCUGCCACUCGCGCCAUGGUGGAUGAAGACACAUCUGAUAUGAAUCUUCCUACUUUGGAGAACUGUGACGGCCCCAGCCAGUACGUUGGAGUCAAGGCUCCCAUGUUCUCGUUCACUCGUCUCCGUGGAUCUGAUCCUGUCCUUGGAGUGGAGAUGGCGAGUACCGGAGAGGUUGCCUGCUUUGGCGCCAACAAGGAAGAAGCCUUUUUGAAGAGUUUGAUGUCUACCGGUUUCAAGCUCCCCAAGAAGAACAUUCUUGUUUCGGUGCAGGACACUCUUCAAUCCGAGUUUACUCACUCUGCGUGGGAGCUGCACGAGAUGGGCUACACACUGUACGCCACCCGCAACACUGCCGAAGUGCUCGAGAAGAACCGUGUCCCCUGCAAGGUGGUUGCCUACCCCACCGAAGGCGACUCGACCUCGGAACCGAAUGUGAUUGACAUGAUCAAGAACGAUGAGUUUGGUCUCGUCAUUAACAUUCCCACCCACAAGUCGAAGCGUUUGGAAGACAACUACCAAAUGCGUCGUUCAGCGGUAGACUACGGUGUCCCUCUUUUGACCAAUAUGAACUUGGUCAAGUGUUUCUCGGAUGCCAUGUACAAGUACAAGAAGGAAGGCAUGGUGGCGUUGGAACCCAAAACUUUGUUUGAGCAUUACAAAAAGGAAUCCGAUGCGGAUGCCUGGACCGACCCAACCGAGUUCCAUUAGAGAUCAUGUUGCUUGUGGGAAGCGAGGUUGUGUGUCCGCUCUUGGCUGACCGACUUGGUUAUGCUUGGAGAGAGAGAGAGAGAGAGAGACAAGAUGAUUGUUCUUUGUGUUGCUGCUGUUUGUGUUGGUGCUUUGGAUCAAGUUGCCUCUUACGAAAUCGCCCAUUUGCUCGCCCAGUGGUCUCUGGCUGGUGAGGAUGGCUGCCUCAUCAUUAGAACUGUUGGAGUGACGGAAAUAUUAGAUUCGAUUCAUAUACUUUAGGUAGGAGGCAAUAACAUUUUAAAAUUAGUUACAUGAAAUA